AUGGAAAAUUUUACGAAACGGUCCAAGGCUGUGCUGUGGGAAGUGAGAACUGACAGUGCAUCAGCUGACCAGGACAAUUUAAAAUACUCUUCAUCCAGAGAUCGGGGCAGUUCUGCCUCCUAUGGAUUACAACCCUCAAAUUCAGCUGUGGUGUCUCGGCAAAGACACGAUGAUAUCAGAGUCCACACUGACAUACAGAAUGAAGAAAAAGGUGGCUACAGUGUCAAUGGAGGAUCUGGGGAAAAUACUUAUGGUCGGAAGUCGUUGGGGCAAGAGCUGAGAGUUAACAAUGUGACCAAUCCUGAUUUUACCAGUGUUCCACAUGGGAAUCGUGCUUUAGCCACAAAAGACAUGAGGAAAUCACAAGAGCGAUCGUUGUCUUAUUCUGACGAGUCUCGACUGUCAAAUCUUCUUCGGAGGAUUACUCGGGAAGACGACAGAGACCGAAGACUGGCGACUGUAAAGCAACUGAAAGAAUUCAUUCAGCAAUCAGAAAACAAACCGGUACUAGUUAAACAACUGGAUAAUAUCCUGACUGCCAUUCAUGAUGUACUCAAUGAAAGUAGCAAAUUGCUUCAAGAACUGAGACAGGAAGGAGCUUGCUGUCUUGGCCUUCUUUGUGCUUCUCUGAGCUAUGAGGCUGAGAAGAUCUUUAAAUGGAUUUUUAGCAAAUUCAGUUCAUCCACAAAAGAUGAAGUUAAACUUCUUUAUUUGUGUGCAACCUACAAAGCACUAGAGACUGUAGGAGAAAAGAAAGCAUUUUCAUCUUUAAUGCAGCUUGUAAUGACCAGCCUGCAGACCAUUCUAGAAAAUGUUGAUACACCGGAGUUACUGUGCAAAUGUGUCAAGUGCAUCCUUCUGGUGUCUCGAUGCUACCCGCACAUUUUCAGCACCAAUUUUAGGGACACAGUGGACAUACUGGUUGGAUGGCACAUAGAUCACACUCAGAAACCUUCCUUGACACAGCAGGUGUCUGGAUGGCUGCAGAGCUUGGAGCCCUUUUGGGUGGCUGAUCUUACUUUUUCUACCACACUCUUGGGUCAGUUCUUGGAAGAUAUGGAAGCUUAUGCUGAGGACCUCAGCCAUGUGGCUUCUGGGGAGUCAGUAGAUGAAGAUAUUCCUCCUCCCUCAGUGUCACUGCCCAAACUGGCUGCACUUCUUCGGGUGUUCAGUACUGUGGUGAGGAGCAUUGGGGAGCGCUUCAGCCCCAUCAGAGGACCACCAAUUACAGAAGCAUAUGUAACUGAUGUGCUGUACAGAGUAAUGAGAUGUGUGACUGCAGCAAACCAAGUGUUCUUUUCUGAAGCUGUACUUACAGCUGCCAAUGAGUGUGUUGGGGUUUUACUUGGCAGCCUAGAUCCAAGCAUGACCAUACACUGCGACAUGGUCAUCACAUAUGGAUUAGAUCAAAUGGAGAGUUGUCAGACUUGUUGCACUGAUUAUGUCAUUUCAGUCCUGAAUCUGUUGACACUGAUUGUUGAACAAAUAAAUACAAAACUACCAUCAUCAUUUGUAGAGAAAUUAUUUAUACCAGAGUCUAAACUACUUGUUCUUCGUUAUCAUAAGGAGAGAGAGGUUGUUGCAGCAGCCCUUGCUGUGUACCAAGCUGUAUUGAGCCUGAAGAACAUUCCUGUUUUGGAGACUGCUUACAGGUUGAUUCUGGGAGAAAUGACCUGUGCUCUAAAUAGUCUUCUCUAUAGUUUACAUCUUCCUGAGGCCUGUUCUGAAAUCCAGCAUGACUCGUUCAAGAAGCUUAUAUCCAAUGUGGAUAAUGCAAAAUUUGUUGUUAUAUUUGACCUCAGUGCUCUAAGUACUAUUGGAAAUGCUAAGAACUCAUUAAUUGGGAUGUGGGCCCUUUCGCCAACUGUGUUUGCACUGCUGAGUAAAAAUCUGAUGAUUGUUCAUGGUGACAUAGCAGUUCACUUUCCUGCUGUCCAGUAUGCAGUACUCUAUACAUUGUAUUCACACUGCUCCAGGCACGACCAUUUCAUUUCCAGUAGCCUCAGUUCUUCCUCUCCCUCUCUGUUUGAUGGAGCAGUUAUAAGUACUGUAACCACAGCAACAAAAAAACAUUUCUCAAUCAUACUAAACCUUUUGGGACUACUGCUUAAGAAGGAUAACCUUACUCAAGAUACCAGGAAACUACUUACAACGUGGGCUUUGGAAGUGGCUCUUCUGAUGAAAAAAUCAGAAACCUAUGCACCGUUAUUUUCUCUCCCAUCUUUUCAUAAGUUCUGUAAAGGACUUUUAGCUAACACACUUCUGGAAGAUGUCAACAUUUGUCUUCAAGCAUGUAGUAGCCUCCAUGCCCUGUCUUCCUCCCUUCCAGAUGACCUUUUACAAAGGUGUGUUGAUGUGUGCCGUGUCCAACUGGUGCACAGUGGUGCUCGUGUAAGGCAAACGUUUGGAAAACUUCUGAAGUCAAUUCCUUUAGAUGUUGUGUUGAGUAACCGUACCCACACAGAAAUACAAGAAAUUUCUUUGGCUAUAAGAAGUCAUAUGAGCAAAGCUCCAAGUAACACAUUCCACCCGCAGGAUUUCUCUGAUGUCAUUAGUUUUAUUUUGUAUGGAAACUCUCACCGAACUGGGAAGGAUAAUUGGUUAGAAAGGUUAUUCUAUAGCUGUCAAAGAAUAGAUAAGAGAGAUCAGCCAACCAUCCCUCGGAACCUGCUGAAGACUGAUGCUGUGCUCUGGCAAUGGGCUGUUUGGGAAGCAGCUCAGUUCACUGUGCUGUCAAAGCUACGAACUCCUCUGGGCAGAGCCCAAGAUACGUUUCAGACAAUUGAAGGUAUUAUUAGGAGCCUUGCAGCACAUACAUUAAACCCUGAUCAGGAUGUUAGCCAGUGGACUACUGCAGACAACGACGAAGGGCACAGUAGCAACCAGCUCAGGCUUGUCCUCCUCCUGCAGUAUCUGGAGAACUUGGAAAAAUUGAUGUACAAUGCAUAUGAAGGAUGUGCCAAUGCCCUUACCUCUCCCCCCAAGGUUAUCAGGACAUUCUUUUAUACCAAUCGUCAGACCUGCCAAGAUUGGCUGACACGGAUUAGACUUUCCAUCAUGAGAGUGGGAUUGCUGGCUGGGCAGCCUGCUGUGACAGUCAGGCAUGGAUUUGAUUUACUCACAGAAAUGAAAACUAAUAAUAGUAUCUCUCAGGGAAAUGAAUUGGAAGUGACAAUUAUGAUGCUGGUAGAAGCAUUAUGUGAGCUUCACUGUCCUGAAGCUAUUCAGGGUAUUGCUGUCUGGUCCUCUGCUGUAGUUGGGAAGAGUCUCUCCUGGAUCAAUUCUGUAGCUCAGCAAGCAGAAGGGAGGUUUGAAAAAGCAACUGCAGAGUACCAGGAGCACCUCUGCUCCAUGACUGGAGUGGAUUGCUGCAUCACAGGCUUUGACAAGAGUGUGCUGAAGUUGGCCAAUUCAAACAGUGUGAAUAAUGCCAGCCCAAAGCAUUCCUUGAAUGGAGAAACUAGAAAAACUGUUCUGACUAAGCCAAGUGACUCUUCACCUGAAGUUAUAAACUACUUGGGAAACAAAGCCUGUGAAUGUUACAUUUCCAUUGCGGACUGGGCUGCUGUUCAGGAGUGGCAGAACAUGGUCCAUGAACUGAAGAAAAGCAACAGUAAUACCUCAAUCAAUCUGAAAGCAGAUUUUAACUACAUAAAAUCUUUGAGCAGCUUUGAGUCUGGAGAACUUACUGAAUGCACUGAACAACUGGAAUUACUACCAGGAGAAAAUAUCAACUUGCUUGCAGGGGGAUCCAAAGAAAAAAUAGACAUGAAGAAGCUCCUUCCUAAUAUGCUAAGUCCUGAUCCAAGAGAACUUCAGAAAGCAGUGGAAGUACAGCUUUUGAGAAGUUCAGUAUGUCUGGCAACAGCUGUGAACCACAUAGACCAGGAGCAAAAGUGGCAGUCAAUAUCUGAAAAUCUGAUUAAGUACUUAAAGCAAACCUCACGAAUUGCUAUUGGACCUUUGAGACUUUCCACACUCACUGUGUCUCAGUCGUUACCUGUGUUGAGCACUCUGCAGUUGUAUUGUUCUUCUGCUUUGGAAAACACUGUGUGCAACAGGCUGACAUCAGAGGACUGUCUUGUACCUCUCUUCAAUGAUGCUUUGAGGUCCUGCAAGCAGCAUGAUGUGAGGCCGUGGAUGCAUGCACUGAGGUACACAGUGUACCAGAAUCAACUGAUGGAAAAGCUUAAAGAACCAACAGUCCCAAUUAAAAGCCAUCUGAUGGAACUGGGCUUAACUGCAGCAAAAUUUGCACGGAAGCGAGGAAACAUCGCCCUAGCUACACGGCUGCUUGCCCAGUGCAGUGAAGUUCAGCUAGGAAAAACCACCACUGCACAGGACUUAGUCCAGCACUUUAAAAAAUUGUCUGUACCAGGUCAGAUAGAUGAAAAAUGGGGUCCUGAACUUGAUAUUGAGAAGACAAAAUUGCUAUACACAGCAGGUCAGUCAACACAUGCCAUGGAAAUGCUGAGUUCUUGUGCCAUAUCUUUCUGCAAAUCUGCCAAAGCUGAGUAUGCAGUUGCUAAAUCUAUUCUCACACUGGCUAAGUGGAUUCAAGCAGAAUGGAAAGAGAUUUCAGGACAGUUGAAACAAGUAUACAGAGCUCGACAGCAGGAGAAUCACACUGGUCUGUCUACCUUGUCUAAAAACAUAUAUAAUUUGAUUGAUCUCCCAGCUGUUAAUAACCUAGAAGAAGAAUAUCCUAGGAUUGAAAGUGAAUCUACAGUAAACAUUGGAGUUGGAGAACCUGACUUCAUCUUGGGCCAGCUGUACCACUUGUCUUCAGUGCAGGCACCUGAAGUAGCCAAGUCCUGGGCAGCCCUGGCCAGCUGGGCUUACAGAUGGGGCCGGAAGGUAGUUGAUAAUGCCAGUCAGGGAGAAGGUGUUCGUCUGCUGCCCCGGGAAAAAUCUGAGGUUCAGAACUUGCUUCCAGACAACAUUGCAGAGGAAGAUAAAGAGAAAAUUUAUGGGAUCCUUGGGCAGGCAGUGUGUCGUCCAGCUGGGAUUCAGGAUGAAGAUAUGACUCUCCAAAUCACUGAAAAUGAGGACAAUGAAGAAGAUGAUAUGGUGGAUGUGAUAUGGCGUCAAUUAUUAACAAGUUGUCCCUGGCUUUCAGACCUUGAUGAAAAUGCAACUGAAGGGUUAAUUAAAGUGUGGAGGAAAGUUGUAGACAGAAUCUUCAGUCUCUAUAAACUCUCCUGUAGUGCAUACUUUACUUUCCUCAAACUCAAUGCUGGCCAGGUUCCACUUGAUGAAGAAGAUCCCAGGCUGCACUUAAGAAGCACCUCUGAGCAAAGCACUGAUGAUGUUAUUGUGAUGGCAACCCUGAGACUGUUACGUUUGCUUGUGAAACAUGCUGGAGAACUUAGGCAGUACCUAGAGCAUGGGCUAGAAACUACACCUACUGCUCCUUGGAGAGGUAUUAUCCCUCAGCUUUUCUCCCGCCUGAACCACCCCGAGGUGUAUGUUAGGCAGAGUAUUUGCAACUUACUGUGUCGAGUGGCUCAAGAUUCUCCUCACCUCAUACUGUAUCCUGCAAUAGUGGGAACCAUUUCCCUGAGCAGUGAAUCCCAGACUUCAGGAAACAAGCUGCCUUCUGCCAUCCCUACUUUGCUGGGUAACAUUCAAGGGCAAGGACUGCUGGGUGGUGAAUGUGAUGGAGGGAGCACCCCAGCUUCCCAAGACAGUAGUAAGGAUGAUACAAAAUCUGGAUUAAAUGAAGAUCAAGCAAUGAUGCAAGAUUGCUACAGCAAAAUUGUGGAGAAACUCUCUGCUGCAAAUCCAACAAUGGUAUUGCAGGUUCAGAUGCUAGUGGCUGAGCUGCGCAGAGUUACAGUUCUUUGGGAUGAGCUUUGGUUGGGAGUUCUACUGCAGCAGCACAUGUAUGUCCUCAGAAGGAUUCAACAACUGGAAGAUGAAGUAAAGAGGGUCCAAAACAACAACACUUUACGGAAGGAGGAGAAAAUAGCCAUCAUGCGUGAAAAGCACACAGCUCUGAUGAAGCCCAUUGUGUUUGCUUUGGAACAUGUGCGGAGCAUCACUGCAGCUCCUGCAGAAACUCCUCAUGAGAAGUGGUUUCAGGAUAACUAUGGAGAUGCAAUUGAAAAUGCUCUAGAGAAACUUAAGAACCCUUUGAAUCCUGCCAAACCUGGAAGCAGCUGGCUCCCAUUUAAAGAGGUUAUGCUCAGUUUGCAGCAGAGGGCACAGAAACGUGCUAGUUACCUCUUACGACUUGAAGAAAUCAGCCCUUGGUUGGCUGCCAUGAUGAGCACUGAGAUAGCUCUCCCUGGAGAAGUAUCUACCAGAGACACAGUCACAAUUCACAGUGUGGGCAGCACCAUCACAAUCCUGCCUACCAAAACCAAACCUAAAAAGCUGCUUUUUCUGGGUUCAGAUGGGAAGAACUAUCCCUACCUGUUCAAAGGUUUGGAAGAUUUGCAUCUAGAUGAAAGAAUCAUGCAGUUCUUAUCAAUUGUGAACACCAUGUUUGCCACUAUCAACCGUCAAGAGACGCCGCGGUUCCACGCCAGGCACUACUCCGUGACCCCUCUGGGCACCAGGUCAGGCCUGAUCCAGUGGGUGGAUGGAGCUACACCUCUCUUUGGUCUCUACAAGCGCUGGCAGCAGCGAGAAGCUGCUUUACAAGCACAAAAG